UAUCGGUCCGCGUAUUUGGUUGUUAACAUGCACCAUCUCGGGAUCUUUCUCGCAGUUUUACUAUGUCAUGGAGUAGUUAUGUCUUCUGCUGUAUGCGAUGACGUCGACCAUCUCGCAUGCCAAAGACUGUCCCGAGUGUCUGACGUCUGCAACGACUCGUGUUUCGCUAAACACUGUAAGCGCACAUGUGGAACAUGUCCUCUAAAGUGUUACCAUUGCAACAACGAGCUGACUGCGCAUACCUGUAACACUACGCUGGUUUGUCCAUCAGGUACUGAUAAAUGCAUAAUUACACGGGGUGUAACUAUUAAUUUUUUACCUUCCUUUAAAUCUGGAUGUGCUGGAAACAAAGUUUGUCGUCAGCUGUUUGGGGUGAGUAAAGGCAAGAGACAAACCGUUGCAGGCCAAUGUUGUGAAAGCGAUUUAUGUAACAAUCAACUAUCACAUACCAGAAGUGUCAUGAGACCAGAGAGAACACAAGGCUCACUCACGAUGAAUACAAAUGCAGAAUUAUCCAGAGAAUGCCAUGAAGUUGAUUCCACUGCUUGUAAAUUAAUGAAACAGAAAAACAGUACUAUUUGUGACGAACCCUGCAUGGUUCAGGCUUGUCCCCAGACGUGUGGGAAAUGCAGCACUUGUUAUUCUUGUGAUGUGGUAGAUCACCCCAGUAACUGUAUCGAUACCACCGUUUGUGAACCCAAUGAGAAAUGCUAUUCAAUGAAGGAUUUUUCUACCACGAUGGGUUAUGUCUACAAAACGGGCUGUCUCGAUGCAGGAACUUGUAUGAAACUCCGCACAGAACUAGGCAAUGUAUUUGGAAGGCGUCGAGACUACAUAGAAUUUCCAGUAGAUGGAGAUUGUUGUGAUGGAGAUCUUUGUAACAAAGUGGAAUUGAGACACCCAACGACGACAACGACGACCACGACGACAACUACUACGACACCUACAACGACUACUACUCCGACACCAUCUAAGGAUCCGAUUGGGUGCACAUAUUUACCCUUUCAGCAUUGUCCUGAUACACACACUCACAUCAAUAAUAGGUGCUUCAUGGUUUCAGAGCAUCCCUUAAAUUUUACAGAUGCUCAGUCAAUUCCUAUUUUGGUCAUACCUAAUGAUGGAGAAACAGUAACAGUUCAAAAUGCUGUUUAUGACCAGAGAUACUGUUAUUAUCACUGCUCUACAAUGGCGGAGGGCAUUGAUCCAACACAGCUAGAUGAUAUUGAGACCUACAUUGCCAGACGAUUAAAUGGUAAAGCAGAUUACAUUUACAUUGGUGCCGUUGAUCGUCUGCACGACGGAAGAUUUGUUUGGAUUAUAUCUGGCGAAGCAGCAGCGAAACCGACUAGACCCCUGUACAACUCGUACUGUGGAAAGCUAGAUUAUCGCCAAGGAACAAUACACCCUGUGUCAUGUACAAGUCCAAACUACGUUUUGUGUGAAACUCCUUUGAAAUAAAUAUAUCUACAUUUAGAAA